AUGGUGCCAGCACGCUGCCCGGGACUGGCCCUUCUUCUCCUCCUGGGGUGCACCGUGGCUUUGUGCCUCGGCCAGAACGACACGGAGCCCAUCGUGCUGGAGGGGAAGUGUCUCGUCGUGUGUGAUUCGAACCCUUCCUCGGACGGAGGCGUCACGUCCUCCCUCGGCAUCUCGGUGCGCUCGGCCGGGGCGAAAGUGGCUUUUUCGGCCGUGCGUGGAACCAACCACGAGCCGUCUGAGAUGAGCAACACCUCCAUGACCAUCUACUUUGACCAGGUUUUAGUGAACAUCGGCAACCAUUUCGACCUGAAAGCGAGUGUUUUCCAGGCUCCAAGAAGGGGGAUUUACAGUUUCAGUUUCCAUGUGGUAAAGGUCUACAACAGACAAACCAUACAGGUAAACCUGAUGCAAAAUGAUUACCCAGUCAUAUCAGCUUUUGCCGGGGACCAGGACGUGACAAGGGAGGCGGCUAGUAAUGGAGUAUUGCUGAUGGUGGAGCGAGAGGACCGUGUCUAUCUAAAGCUGGAGCGAGGCACCCUCAUGGGCGGUUGGAAAUAUUCCACCUUCUCAGGCUUUCUGGUCUUUCCUCUAUAA